AUGUUUGAAUUUGGAUAUGAAUCUGCAUUUGUGAGAUUGAAUGAAGAAGAUCAAUAUCAUCUAUUAUAGACUCAUUAUCCAUGGAUUGGUGAUAGAACUAGACUACGCGAAAAUUCACAUUCUAAUUUUGCAAAGAGAAUUUAGAAUCAUAUUGGAAUCAAGGUAUUCUAUUUAUUAAAAGUAGAAUAGAUCAAGUAUAAAUAAAAGUUAGUGUAUUAAUUUAAUUAAGUUGUUGAAUCCAAAAAUGAAAAUGAGAGAGUUUUUGCUAUAAUAAGACUAGGAAAGAAUAAAUUAGACAAAUUUAAAAGAAAUUAUUAAUUGGAAACAUGAAGAAAAAUUAAUUGUUUCCCUAGAUCCUAUGAAUGGAAAUAUUUGA